AUGGACAAAACCAAGGCUCGUCCUCGGCGUCGCGACCCUCGCGCCAUCUCCCCCGCUGAAUCGUCCUCCGAUGAACUCGCAGCGGGCUCCGAACAUGAUGAAGCUGAGCGCCGCAGAGCCAGCUGGACGAUUCAAAAGGGAUUCACUCCACAGCGCCCUCAGCAACAGGACCGCCGAUACAGUGAGUCAGAGAGUACCGACGAGCUGGCUGUUGACGCCAAUGAGUACUGGCGCACCUCGCGCACCCGUCGCCGCAGCCGUUCACCCGUCCGCCCUGCCCGCCGUGUCAGCGAGCCCCAGGAGAGCUCAGAGGAGCUCGUCGAUGAAGAUAUGGAAAGCACUCAUGAACAAGAGGUCCCCGGCGACGCCGACGCCUGGUCUGACCGUUCUGCUACCCCGGUACCUCCCCCGCCGCCUCCCAAGCCCGACCACUUGAAUUACAAGGAGAAGUUUGUUAUGCGCAGCCACAUCCGUGGAGUGUCUGCUGUUCAGUUCUCACCGGAUUGUACUAUGAUUGCGAGUGCAGGUGCCGAUUCGGAUCUCAAGGUCUGGGACACUGCCACUGGCAGACUCAUUCACACCUUCGAAGGCCACCUCGCAGGUAUCUCGACACUUGCGUGGACCCCGGAUGGCCAAUGGAUCGCGACUGGCAGUGAUGAUAAGACAAUCCGUUUCUGGAAUGUCAAAACUCUGAGAGCCCACCCCCGGAUUUUCAACGGCCACCACAACUAUGUGUAUCAAAUUGCAUUUACACCCAAGGGAAACAUUCUUGUCAGCGGUUCCUACGAUGAAGCCGUAUUCAUGUGGGAUGUCCGCAGAGGAUCAGUUAUGCGCUCCCUCCCAGCUCACUCCGACCCUGUUGCUGGCAUUGAUGUUGUUCAUGACGGAACUCUUAUCGUUUCAUGCGCCUUGGAUGGCCUCAUUCGUAUAUGGGACACUAUCAGUGGCCAGUGUCUUCGUACCCUGGUCAUGGAAGACAACCCUCCUGCUACGUGUGUGAAGUUCUCCCCCAAUGGUCACUAUGUACUGGCCUGGACUCUGGAUGGCUGUAUCCGCAUGUGGAGUUACCUCGAGAGUCGUGUUAUCAAGACCUUCCAGGGACACGUUAACAACAAGUACAGCUUGUCCGGAUGCUUUGGUAUCUAUGGAUCACCCAGCAUCAAGUAUGACCCGCCACUGGCAUUCGCUGUCAGCGGCAGCGAGGACGGCGCUAUCAUAUUCUGGGAUAUUGUGAGCAAGCAGAUCCUACAGCGCAUCGAUGUUCACGAAGGAGUUGUUCUCGGUGUCCACGCUGGCACUUUGCACGGCAAGCGCAUGAUUGUGAGCUGUGGAAUGGACAAAACAGUUCGCUUGUUCGAGGAGGUGUCUGAAGAUGGCUCGGACCCUGCAGGAGAUGCGACUUCUGCUGACUCUAACAUGCGGGACGGCAGUACCCCUGCAGAUGAUGCAGAUGGUGACAAUGCUAUGACCGAUGCCUCUGGCCUGCCCUCUACUGCCGCCACCCCGGCGGAGGAUGUGACGAUGACAUGA